ACCAGGAGGCCCCUGAAGACAGACCGUGGGGAGAGUAGGACUGAGGAGAAAGCAGAGGAACUAGAGCCAAGGCCAGUGGAAGAGGGGGGCCAGCAGGAGGUAUUUGCGGGGGAGGUUCAGCAGCUGUCUUUCCUAAGACAGGGACACAUGGGCCUGGUUAUUCCUCUUGUCACAUGUGGAGUCGUAGGAGAUGGGAGAGGGAGAAAGACAGGGCAGGCAAAGAGGGCCGUGGCACAGAGAUAAGUGGGCUUAGCCAUCAGAGCCAUGGGGCCCCAACAGAGGGGCACCUGAACCCAGCUUAAUCCAGCACAUGCAUUCCCUCACCUUGAAGUCCUCUCAAACUGUCCAGACUGCUUCCUGGCAAUGCUGACCCCUGACAGGGUCUUCUCUUAGUACAGGCAGUACCCACAUUCCCACUGGCGAAGGAGGAACAAGACAUGACCCCCAGCGUGUUAUUGGUGACGAAAGCAGGAAAGCAAGAGCCUGAACAGAUUUUAGCAGCAGAAUUGGCCUGGGCAGGCGUGUGACCCCAGUGCCCCAGAGGGGCUGUGCCCCAACAGCCACCUGUCUUCCUACCCAUCUGCUCCCCAGAGUGCUGCCUGCUCUGGACCUGAGUCCUGGAGCCCUUCUCUACCCGGAUAGGUUCUAGAUCCUCCUGCUCCUUGGCCCACCUGUGCCCCACCUGUACCCCGCCCCACUCUGCCCAGAAGUGCAAGAGCCCAAGCCGCCUCCAUGGCCCCAGGACGGAUUCAGGGGAGAGGCCCCAUUCAGGGAGCCACUCCAAGCAGACAGCCUGGCCAGAAUGGAGCUGACUGAAUUGCUCCUCGUGGUCAUCCUUCUCCUAACUGCAAGACUAACUCUGUCCAGCCCGGCUCCUCCUGCCUGUGACCCCCGACUCCUAAAUAAACUGCUUCGUGACUCCCAUGUCCUUCACAGCAGACUGAGCCAGUGUCCAGACAUUAACCCUUUGUCCACACCUGUCCUUCUGCCUGCUGUGGACUUCAGCUUGGGAGAAUGGAAAACCCAGACGGAGCAGACCAAGGCACAGGAUGUUCUGGGAACCACGACCCUUCUGCUGGAGGCAGUGAUGGCAGCGCGGGGACAGCUGGGCCCCACUUGCCUCUCAUCCCUCCUGGUGCAGCUUUCUGGGCAGGUCCGCCUCCUCCUUGGGGCCCUGCAGGGCCUCCUAGGAACCCAGCUUCCUCCACAGGGCAGGACCACAGCUCACAAGGAUCCCAGUGCCAUCUUCCUGAGCUUCCAACAGCUGCUCCGAGGAAAGGUGCGCUUCCUGCUGCUUGUAGUGGGGCCCACCCUCUGUGCCAAGUGGACCCCACCCGCCACAGCUGUCCCGGGCAGCAUCUCUCCAUUGCUCACACUGAACAAGCUCCCAAACAGGACUUCUGGAUUGUUGGAGACCAACUCCAGUGUCUCAGCCAGAACUACUGGCUUUGGACUUCCGAACAGGCUGCAAGGAUUCAGAGCCAAGAUUCCUGGUCUGCUGAACCAAACCUCCAGGUCCUUAGGCCAAAUCCCUGGACACCUGAAUGGGACACAAGGACCCUUAAGUGGAAUUCACGGACUCUUUCCUGGGCCCUCACCCAGGGCCCUAGGAACCCCAGAUAUUCCUCUGGGAACUUCAGACAUGGGCUCCCUGCCACCCUACCUCCAGCCUGGAGAUUCUCCUUCCCCAGCCCAUCCUCCCCCUGGACAAUACACACUCUUCUCUCCUUCGCCCACCUCACCCAUCCCCAUGGUCCAGCUCCAAUCCCUGCUUCCUGACCCCUCAGCCAUCACACCCAACUCUUCUAGUUCUCUUCUAGUUGCAGCCCGCUCUCACUUCCAGAAUCUGUCUCAGGAAGAGUAAGGUACUCAGCACUGCCAACAUCAGCCUUCUCGUACAGUCCUCUUACUUGUAGGAGAUGCCCUGGGAGACAACUGCAGCUAUACAGGCAUACCUCAUUUUAUUGCUCUUUGUAGAUACUGUAUUUUUUACAGAUUGGUUUGUGGCAACCCUGUGUUGUCAGAUGAUGGUUAGCAUUUUUUAGCAAUAAAGUAUUUUUUAAUGAAGGUAUGUGCAUUGCUUUUUUAGACUUGAUGCUAUUAUACACUUAACAGACCACAGUAUCAUGGAAACAUGACUUUUAUAUG